UUGUGCGGAGCCGGGUCCGGGCCGGUGGUGCGGGGGGUCCGGCCCGGGGGAUGCAGCGGGAGCAGCAUGUCUGAGAAAAUGUCCAGCUUCCUCUACAUCGGGGACAUCGUGUCCCUCUACGCCGAGGGCUCCGUCAACGGCUUCAUCAGCACCUUGGGGCUGGUGGACGACAGAUGUGUGGUACAACCACAGGCCGGAGACCUCUCCAACCCUCCCAAGAAGUUCCGAGACUGCCUUUUCAAGGUGUGCCCCAUGAACCGAUAUUCAGCCCAGAAGCAGUACUGGAAAGCCAAACAAGCCAAACAGGGCAACCACACGGAAGCGGCCUUGCUCAAGAAACUGCAGCACGCGGCAGAACUGGAACAGAAGCAGAAUGAAUCGGAAAACAGGAAGCUCUUGGGAGAAAUUGUAAAAUACAGUAACGUCAUACAACUCCUGCACAUAAAGAGCAACAAGUAUCUGACAGUCAACAAGCGACUCCCAGCUCUCUUGGAGAAGAACGCCAUGCGGGUGUCCCUGGAUGCCGCUGGGAAUGAGGGGUCCUGGUUUUACAUCCAUCCCUUCUGGAAGUUGAGGAGCGAAGGUGACAAUAUCGUUGUGGGAGACAAAGUUGUACUGAUGCCUGUCAAUGCGGGACAACCACUACACGCCAGCAACAUAGAGCUUCUCGACAAUCCUGGAUGCAAAGAGGUGAAUGCUGUUAAUUGUAACACUAGCUGGAAAAUUACUUUAUUCAUGAAAUACAGUUGCUACCGAGAAGACGUACUUAAAGGGGGGGACGUGGUGAGAUUGUUCCACGCGGAGCAGGAGAAGUUUCUGACCUGCGACGAUUACGAGAAAGUGCAGCACAUCUUCCUCCGCACAACGCUGCGUCAGUCAGCCACCUCGGCCACGAGUUCGAAAGCGCUCUGGGAGAUCGAGGUCGUCCACCAUGACCCGUGUCGAGGAGGGGCCGGACAGUGGAACAGCCUCUUCCGAUUUAAACACCUGGCGACGGGAAACUACCUGGCGGCCGAGCUGAAUCCCGACUACCGAGACGUCCACGCCGAAGGGAAAGCCGUGAGAGACGGCGACCUUCCUGUUUCAAAGCAGAGACGCCAAACGGGGGAGAAGAUUAUGUACACUCUGGUUUCCGUCCCACACGGGAAUGACAUCGCAUCUCUCUUUGAGUUGGACCCAACAACCCUGCAGAGAGCAGACUGCCUGGUUCCAAGGAACUCUUACGUUCGGUUGCGACAUUUGUGCACCAACACAUGGGUGACAAGCACCAGUAUCCCCAUCGACACGGAUGAAGAGAGGCCCGUUAUGCUCAAGAUUGGAACUUGCCAGACAAAAGAAGAUAAAGAAGCGUUUGCCGUCGUGUCGGUCCCCCUGUCCGAAGUCCGAGAUUUGGAUUUUGCCAACGAUGCCAACAAAGUCUUAGCGUCCACGGUGAAGAAGCUAGAGAGAGGGACCAUCACCCAAAAUGAGCGAAGGUUCAUAACGAAGCUGUUGGAAGACCUCAUUUUCUUCGUAUCUGACGUCCCCAACAACGGACAGGAGGUUUUGGAUGUGGUGAUCAGCAAGCCCAACCGAGAGCGGCAGAAAUUGAUGAGGGAGCAAAAUAUACUGGCACAGGUUUUCGGGAUCCUCAAAGCGCCUUUUAAGGACAAGGAGGGAGAAGGAGCCAUGCUGAGGCUGGAAGAGCUGGGAGACCAGAGAUACGCCCCGUACAAGUACAUGCUGCGUCUCUGCUACCGGGUGCUCAGGCAUUCCCAACAGGAUUACCGGAAAAAUCAGGAGUAUAUCGCUAAGAAUUUCUGUGUCAUGCAGUCCCAGAUUGGCUAUGAUAUUUUGGCCGAAGAUACCAUCACAGCUUUGUUGCACAACAACAGGAAAUUAUUAGAGAAACACAUCACCGCCAAAGAAAUAGAGACAUUUGUCAACUUGCUCAGAAGGAAUCGAGAACCGAGAUUCUUGGAUUAUCUGUCGGAUCUGUGUGUGUCCAACACCACCGCGAUCCCGGUAACCCAGGAGCUCAUUUGCAAAUUUAUGCUGAGCCCGGGAAACGCCGACAUCCUCAUCCAGACCAAACUGGUGUCGAUGCAAGUCGACAACCCCUUGGAGUGUUCCGUCGCCUCCGACGACAUGGACGACGAGGAGGUUUGGCUCUACUGGAUCGACAGCAACAGGGAACCUCACGGCAAAGCGAUCCGGCACCUGGCCCAGGAGGCAAAAGAAGGGACCAAGGCCGACCUGGAAGUCCUCACCUACUACAGGUAUCAGUUAAAUCUGUUUGCGAGGAUGUGCCUGGAUCGGCAGUACCUGGCGAUCGACCAGAUCUCCAGCCAGCUGUCGGUCGACCUGCUCCUGCGCUGCGUGGCGGACGAGAGCCUGCCGUUCGACCUCCGCGCCUCCUUCUGCCGCCUGAUGCUCCACAUGCACAUCGACCGCGAUCCCCAGGAGUCCGUGGUGCCCGUGCGAUACGCCCGCCUCUGGACCGAGAUUCCCACCAAGAUCACCAUCCACGAGUACGAUUCCAUCACCGAUUCCUCCAGAAAUGACAUGAAGAGCAAGUUCGCACUGACCAUGGAAUUUGUGGAAGAGUACUUGAAAGAAGUUGUCAAUCAGCCGUUUCCUUUUGGUGACAAAGAGAAAAACAAGCUUACGUUUGAGGUGGUACACCUGGCUCGACAUCUUAUUUACUUCGGAUUUUACAGUUUCAGCGAGCUUCUGAGGCUCACGAGAACGCUUCUGGCCAUUCUAGACAUCGUCCAAGGUCCCAUGUCGCCGUACCUCGAGAGACUGAGCAAAUUUCAAGACGGAGGGAACAACGUGAUGCGCACGAUCCACGGGGUGGGGGAGAUGAUGACCCAGAUGGUGCUGAGCAGAGGGUCCAUCUUCCCGAUGGCGGUGCCCGACACCCAGCCGGGCACACCCCCGGCCAAGCAGGCCGCUCCCGUCGACAACGAAGAUGUCACCGUGAUGGACACCAAACUGAAGAUCAUCGAGAUUUUACAGUUCAUCCUCAGUGUUAGGCUGGACUAUCGGAUCUCGUACAUGCUGUCCAUCUACAAGAGAGAGUUUGGAGAAAACCACGAAAAUGCUGACCGCACCCCCUCGCCCUCCGAGACUCCAUUCGCAUCAGCCAUUGUUCCAGAUAUUGACGAAAUCGCAGCCCAGGCAGAGACUAUGUUUGCUGGAAGAAAGGAGAAGAAUCCGGUGCAGUUGGACGACGAAGGCGGCAGGAGUUUUUUGCGAGUCCUCAUUCAUCUAAUCAUGCACGAUUACCCGCCUCUGCUGUCCGGGGCCCUGCAGCUGCUGUUUAAACAUUUCAGCCAAAGAGCCGAAGUCCUGCAGGCGUUUAAACAGGUGCAGCUUCUAGUGUCUAAUCAGGAUGUGGACAACUACAAGCAAAUCAAAGCUGACCUGGACCAGCUGAGGCUGACCGUGGAGAAAUCCGAGCUGUGGGUGGAAAAGAACAGCAGUUAUGAAAGCGGCGAGAUGGGCGAAAAUCAAGGGAAAGGCUGUGAAGAGCCCCUGGAGGAAACGACCAUCUUGAGCCCAGUCCAGGACGGAACCAAGAAACCCCAGAUUGACAGCAACAAGAGUAAUAAUUACCGCAUCGUUAAGGAGAUUCUGAUCAGGCUGAGCAAGCUCUGCGUCCAGAAUAAAAAAUGCCGAAACCAGCACCAGCGAUUACUGCAAAACAUGGGGGCCCAUUCCGUGAUGUUGGAUCUGCUGCAGAUUCCCUACGAAAAGACGGACGAGAAGAUGAAUGAAGUGAUGACUCUAGCUCAUGCGUUCCUGCAGAACUUUUGCCGGGGAAAUCCGCAAAAUCAAGUUCUACUUCAUAAACACCUGAAUUUGUUUUUAACUCCCGGUCUCCUGGAAGCGGAAACCAUGCAGCACAUCUUCCUCAACAAUUUCCACCUGUGCAAUGAAAUCAGCGAGAGGGUGGUCCAGCAUUUCGUCCACUGCAUCGAAACCCACGGGCGCCACGUGGAGUACCUCAGGUUCCUCCAGACCGUCGUCAAAGCCGACGGCAAAUACGUCAAGAAGUGCCAGGACGUCGUCAUGACCGAGCUGAUCAACGGAGGGGAAGACGUGCUCAUAUUUUACAACGACAGAGCGUCCUUCCCCGUCCUCCUCCAAAUGAUGUGUUCCGAGCGAGACCGGGCGGACGAGGGCGGGGCCUUGGCAUACCACAUCACCCUGGUGGAGCUGCUGGCCGCGUGUACCGAGGGGAAGAACGUGUACACGGAGAUCAAGUGCAACUCCCUCCUGCCGCUCGACGACAUCGUCAGGGUGGUGACCCAUGAAGACUGCAUCCCCGAGGUUAAAGUUGCGUAUGUGAACUUCGUUAACCACUGCUACGUAGAUACGGAGGUGGAGAUGAAGGAAAUCUACACCAGUAAUCACAUUUGGAAAUUAUUCGAGAACUUUCUGGUUGACAUGGCAAGGGUCUGCAACACGACGACAGAUAGGAAACACGCAGACACGUGUUUGGAGAAGUGUGUCACCGAACCCAUGAUGAACAUUGUGAGCGGAUUCUUCAAUUCUCCGUUUUCCGACAACAGCACUAGCCUCCAGACUCACCAGCCGAUUUUCAUUCAGCUGCUGCAGUCCGCCUUCAGAAUCUACAAUUGCAGCUGGCUGAGCCCAGCCCAGAAGGCAUCUGUUGAAUCCUGUAUCAAAAGUCUGGCUGAAGUGGCUAAGAACCGGGGCAUCGCCAUUCCGGUGGAUUUGGACAGCCAAGUGAACAGCCUGUUCCUCAAGAGCCACUCCAGCAUGGUGCAGCGCGCGGCCCUGGGUUGGCGCAUGUCAGCUCGCAGCGGGCCUCGCUUCAAGGAAGCCCUGGGCGGGCCCUCCUGGGACUACAGGAACAUCAUCGAGAAGCUGCAGGACGUGGUGGCAUGCCUGGAACAGCAGAUGAGCCCGAUGAUGCAGGCGGAGUUCUCCGUGCUGGUGGACGUCCUGCACAGUCCUGAGCUUCUCUUCCCCGAGGGCAGCGAGGCCAGGAUCCGCUGUGGGGCUUUCAUGUCCAAGUUGAUUAAUCAUACAAAGAAGCUAAUGGAGAAAGAGGAAAAACUCUGCAUUAAAAUUCUUCAGACGUUACGAGAAAUGCUAGACAAGAAAGACAGCUUCGUGGAAGAGGGAAAUACGUUAAGGAAAAUACUUCUAAACCGUUACUUCAAAGGAGAUUGUGGGACGAGCAUGAAUGGGCACCUGUCUGGAUCCUUUGGGAAGACUGCCCAAAUUGGAGGGAGCUUCUCCGGCCAAGAAUCAGACAAGAUGGGAGGAUCGAUGUCGGAUAUUCAGUGCCUCCUGGAUAAAGAAGGGGCAUCUGAACUUGUCAUCGAUGUUAUAGUGAGCACCAAAAAUGACAGGAUCUUUUCUGAAGGCAUUUUGCUGGGCAUUGCAUUGCUCGAAGGCGGAAAUACGCAAACUCAGUAUUCCACGUACCAGCAACUGCGUGAACAGAAGAAAUCCGAAAAGUUCUUCAAAGUCCUGAACGACCGGAUGAAAGCGGCUCAGAAGGAGAUCCGAUCCACGGUGACCGUCAACACCAUCGAUCUGGGGAGCAAGAAGAAAGAAGAUGAUGGUGAUAUGACGGCCUCGGUCCCCAAGAGGAGAGGGAGAGAUUCCCCUUUGCAUCUGAAAGAAGGGAUGAAAGGGCAGCUGACCGAAGCCUCGUCCGCCACCUCCAAGGCCUACUGCGUGUACCGCAGGGAGAUGGACCCGGAGGUCGACGUGAUGUGCAUGGGGACGGAGGUCGGGAACGUCGGAGAGAAGUCGGCCGAGGAAGUCACCAUGAGCCCCACCAUCGCCAUCGUGCAGCCCAUCCUGCGAUUCCUUCAGCUGCUGUGCGAGAACCACAACCGAGAGCUCCAGAACUUCUUGAGAAAUCAGAACAACAAAAGCAACUACAACCUGGUGUGUGAGACUCUGCAGUUCCUCGACUGCAUCUGCGGGAGCACCACGGGCGGACUGGGUCUCCUCGGCCUCUACAUCAACGACCGGAACGUGGCCCUGGUCAACCAGACCCUGGAGAGCCUGACUGAGUACUGCCAAGGGCCCUGCCACGAGAACCAGACCUGUAUCGCUACUCAUGAAUCCAAUGGAAUUGAUAUCAUCAUUGCACUGAUCCUGAAUGACAUAAACCCCCUUGGAAAAUAUCGCAUGGACCUAGUCCUGCAGCUAAAGAACAAUGCCUCCAAGCUUCUGCUGGCUAUUAUGGAAAGCCGACAUGACAGCGAGAAUGCAGAGAGAAUUCUAUUUAACAUGAGACCAAGAGAAUUGGUGGAUGUAAUGAAGAACGCAUAUAACCAGGGCUGGGAAUGUGACCAGGAGGAAGACAGUGGAGAUGAUGGAGUUUCACCAAAGGACGUGGGGCAUAAUAUCUACAUUCUGGCUCACCAGUUGUCGCGUCACAAUAAGAUGUUACAACAGAUGCUCAAACCCGGGUCCGAUCCAGACGAAGGAGAUGAAGCCCUGAAGUACUACGCCAAUCACACAGCACAAAUCGAGAUUGUUCGGCACGAUCGGACCAUGGAACAGAUCGUUUUCCCUGUGCCGAACAUAUGCGAAUACCUGACGCGAGAAUCCAAAAGUCGAGUGUUCAACACCACCGACAGAGAUGAACAAGGGAGUAAAGUGAACCACUUUUUCCAACAAACCGAGGACCUUUACAGUGAAAUGAAGUGGCAGAAGAAGAUUCGGAGUAACCCCGCGCUAUUCUGGUUCUCCAGACACAUCUCUCUCUGGGGAAGCAUUUCCUUCAAUCUGGCCGUCUUCAUCAACCUGGCUGUGGCUCUCUUCUACCCAUUUGGGGACGAUGGGGACGAAGGCACUCUUUCUCCCUUCUUCUCGGUCCUGCUGUGGAUGGCCGUGGCAGCCUGUACGGCCAUGCUGUUCCUCUUCUCCAAGCCCUCGGGCAUCCGGCCCUUCCUGGUGUCCGUCAUGCUCCGGUCCAUAUACACCAUAGGGCUCGGCCCAACGCUCAUACUUCUCGGGACGGCUAACCUCUGUAACAAGAUUGUGUUCCUCGUGAGCUUUGUGGGGAACCGCGGCACAUUUACGCGGGGAUACCGAGCGGUCAUUAUGGACAUGGCCUUUCUGUACCAUGUUGCAUACGUCUUGGUGUGUACGCUGGCUCUGUUUUUCCAUGAGUUCUUCUAUAGCUUCCUGCUGUUCGAUCUGGUGUACAGAGAGGAGACUUUGUUGAAUGUCAUAAAGAGCGUCACCCGAAAUGGUCGCUCCAUCAUCCUGACAGCAGUGCUGGCCCUCAUUCUCGUCUACCUCUUCUCCAUUAUCGGCUUCCUUUUCUUGAAAGAUGAUUUCACGAUGGAGGUGGAUAGGCUGAAAAACGGAACAACCUUUCCAGGUGCCGGCGAAGUUCCUACCAUGACUCUGACCUCGGUUUGGGGAGAGUGUGCCAAGGAAAACUGUUCUCCAACAAUCCCAGCGCCAAAUGCAGUCGAGGAACAAGAUGGCGUAGAGAGGACCUGUGACACUCUCCUCAUGUGUAUCAUCACCGUGCUAAACCAAGGCCUGAGGAACGGCGGCGGCGUGGGAGAUGUGCUGAGGAAGCCUUCUAAAGACGAGCCCCUCUUUGCGGCCCGAGUGGUUUAUGACCUCCUAUUUUACUUCAUCGUCAUCAUCAUUGUUCUUAACCUGAUCUUCGGCGUCAUCAUCGAUACAUUUGCCGACCUCAGAAGUGAGAAACAGAAAAAGGAGGAAAUCCUGAAGACGACCUGCUUCAUCUGCGGACUCGAGAGGGAUAAGUUUGAUAAUAAAACCGUCUCAUUUGAGGAGCACAUUAAGUCUGAACACAAUAUGUGGCAUUACUUGUACUUUAUUGUUCUGGUGAAAGUUAAAGACCCGACGGAAUACACUGGCCCUGAGAGCUACGUGGCACAGAUGAUCGCUGAAAAGAACUUGGAUUGGUUUCCCCGGAUGCGCGCCAUGUCUCUCGUGAGCAACGAAGGGGACAGCGAGCAGAACGAAAUCAGGAACCUGCAGGAGAAGCUGGAGUCUACUAUGAGCCUGGUGAAACAGUUGUCCAGUCAGCUGGCUGAACUCAAGGAACAGAUGACAGAACAAAGGAAAAACAAGCAGAGACUGGGUUUUCUGGGCUCGGCCCCAGGCCACGCGAACCAUCACAUGCCAGCCCACUGACGCCGCGCCAGGCCCCGCCGUGACCAGCCUCCAUCAUCGGCCUCCCCGGCUGGCGGCCCAGCCCUCGGAGACCCGGGGCCCAGCCGGGCCUGACCGGGCCCUCAACGCUCCCCAUUAUCACCAACUUCAAAACAACCCGUGCCAAGGCCUUCGGUGGUUUCACGCCGAGAACAAUUUCCGACUGUUUCUCACGGGCCGGGC